AUGUUUCUUUUCCUUUCCUUUAUCACAUACCUUCCUUCCUUCCUUUCUUUCUUUCUUUCUUUCUUUCUUUCUUUCUUUCUUUCUUCACCUAACUUUGUAGAUGUUUCUUUUCCUUUCCUUUAUCACAUACCUUCCUUCCUUCCUGUCUUUCUUUCUUUCUUUCUUUCUUUCUUUCUUUCUUUCUUUCUUCACCUAACUUUAUGUUUCUUUUCCUUUCCUUUAUCACAUACCUUCCUUCCUUCCUGUCUUUCUUUCUUUCUUUCUUUCUUUCUUUUUUUCUUUCUUUCUUUCUUCGCCAAACUUUGGAGAUGUUUCUUAUCCUUUCCUUUAUCACAUACCUUCCUUCCUUCCUGUCUGUCUUUCUUUCUUUCUUUCUUUCUUUCUUCACCUAACUUUGUAGAUGUUUCUUUUCCUUUCCUUUAUCACAUACCUUCCUUCCUUCCUGUCUUUCUUUCUUUCUUCACCUAA